AUGCAAAUAGCUCUUAGAUAUCUUAUUUCACGGACAUUGGAGAACCUGACCUCCUCCAGCACCUCUAGCUUGGACUCCAUCUCCCCGAAUUCGGGCCGCCUGAUUUCGAGCACCGUCCUGGGGCUGUGCUGUACGCUGGGCCUCCCUGGUAACAUAGUUGUCCUGGUGGUCAUCCUGCGCCGCUCGUCCCGACGCCCCAACUUCACCCUGUGCCUCAUGCUGAACCUGGCUUCCUCCGACAUCCUGUGCCUGGCCACGGUGCCCGUGUGGAUCUAUACUCUCCUGCACGGCUGGACUCUGGGCCGUGCUGCAUGCAAGUUAGCCACGUUCCUGCUCUAUCUCAGCCUGUAUGCUAACGUGCUAACGGUCACUCUACUCGGUGUCCAGCGCUACCUCCAGGUGCUAUACCCGCAGAUGUGGAACAGGCUGGGACGCAAGGGGGAGGUGGUGCUGCUCCUGGCCCUGUGGGGGCUCGCCUGUGCUCUGACUGCUCCCGCCGUUGCCACUCGCGAUGUGCGCGAUGGCGAGCUCAAGUGUUGCCAGCGACACACGGGCUCUGAUGCUGAAAGAGUUGCUGUCCUCGUCUUGGAGACCCUUUCAUGGUUUGUGGUUCCGUUCUCUGUGCUGGUCACGUCCUACUGCUGCCUCCACCGGCGGGUGAACCAGACUGCGCUGUUCAGCAGUGCAAAGUUGACGCGGCUGGUUACCAGUGUGGUGGUCACCUUCUUCAUCGUCUGGAUCCCUGUGCACAUUGUCAAUGUGGUGGACAUCACCGGCAUUGUGCUGCAGACUUCCUGGCCAGAGGCCUUGGCAGCGCCGCUGAGCCACAGAAGCGCAGCAGCGCGUGUCGUCCGGAGCUUUACGUUUUUUAACAGCGGCCUGGACCCCUUCCUGUACGCCUUCGCCUCGCGGAGGAUCCGGGAACAGCCCACGUCGUCGUCGAGGGGCGACAGCGUGAUGCAGGCCACGAAGAUCUGAUGUCUGGAGCUGUGCUCUGCUGGUGCGACUAAAGGCAUGUGACUGGCAUGCAACUGUUACCCUUCCAAUGAGCUUAUCAUAUAAACUACAACGCGAAAAGUAUGGUUUACUUCACUUUUAAUCAUGUCAGCACAGGUAACAGCCGUUUACAGUCUUUAUGUUUUGCAUUCUUACUCUCCCCAAUUCACUUAAACUAUAUUUCUUUAUUUCCCAUGGGCUUCACCAGAGUACCCCCUAGUGGCUGGAAUACAACUGUAUUAAGCCCUUUACACAACCUCUAAAUCUAACCCUCAGCUUACACAUAGUCAAACCCCCAAACUGUAACAAAUUAGGCUACUCUCAAUAAGAAAUAACUUUUUUAUGUGUUUUUGACUUGGUUUUUAGAGCAGUGAAAUAGGAGUCCCAUCACCCCUGCUUUUUCUUCUCCUCAACAAACCCUAUGUUUUUGGUUGCUGACUCUGGGUCUCUAUAGUCUGUACUUCCUAGGUAUCCGUAGGGUAGCCUAGAUUUGUUAUUUUGGUGAUCUAUAUCCUUUCAAGCUUGACCUCUAUUGGUCAAAACUUAAAUUGUAUUGCUUCUGUCAGCUUUC